UAUACAGUUGUAUCAGCAUUAGCACAUCUCAUUUCCAUGGAGAUUAUUUGGCCCUGCCCCCUCAGUCAUGGUCUAUUGACUUUGAAACUUUUGCUUUUUUUACAUGUAUUAGUUUGUGAUAAGGUCAGUUUAGGGGGAACCAUUAGUGGUAGGCCAAUGUUAAUUGGUAUUCAGUUGUGUAAACAUUAGCACAUCUCAUUUCCAUGGAGAAUAUUUGGCCCCAUCCACUCAGUCAUGGUCUAUUGACCUCGAAACUUUUGCUUAGUUUACAUGUAUUAGUUUGUGAUUAGAUCAGUUUAAGAUGAACUGCUUAUGUUAAGUCAAUGAUAAUUCACAGGUAUGCAAAUUUAUUGGCAUUUGCAAGUAUCGUUUCCAUGGAGAUUAUUUAGCCCCAUCCCCUCUUCAUGGUUCAUUGACUUUGAAACUUUAGCAUACAAUGUAUAUAGUUUACAAGUUAAUGUUUGUGGUUAGGUUUAGGUUUAAAGGGAAUGACUUACAUGACUUAUAAUAAGUCAAUGCUAUUUGGUAUGCAGUUGUGUUAGCAUUGGCACAUCUCAUUUACAUGGAGAUUUUUUAGCCAUGUACAUGUACUUCAGUCAUGGUUCAUUGACUUUGAAUAUUUGCAUAACUUAUUCAAUAUGAUAAAGAUUGCUAUUUUAAUUUCCACAUUUGCAUAAUCAAAAUUACAAAAAGGUGCGACAUAUCUCUGUGAUAACAGUUUAUUUCUUGUUGAAGGCUUAUGGUUGCCUAUAAUUGCUUACAUCCACUUCAUUUGAACUUUUGUGGAUAGUUGUCUCAUUGGCAAUCAUCAUGAUCAUAUCUCCUUAUUUUUGUAUUAUGGUUUGCAAGUAAAGUAUUGAAGACACCAUUUUUUUGCCAUAAUUUUUUCAAAAAUAAUUCACUUUGUUAAAAAAUAUUUGGUAAUAUAUUAUAUAAGUUCAUAAGUUUUUAACAAUGUUUAAAGUGAUAACCAAUCAAAAACAUUUUUAAUAGAGUAAUGAGAAAACUUUAAACAGAAAGCCAAUUAUUGUGUAUUUUGAAUUCUUACUUUUAAUUACAAGUGCUGAAAUUUUAAAGAUUAUUGGAUAAUUGACUUUUUCUAUAGGUACCUAAUUGACCAGGUGACAAUAUGACUUGUACCCAUGAUAUUGGUAUACAUUCUAAUUCAUAGUGAUAUUUAUUUAUAGAUUAAGAAGGUUAAAAUCAACAAUGUGGUAUUUUUACAAAAAACAAAGGUAUCCACCAAAGACCAACUGAUGUCUAUGCAAUUACACAUGUACUAGCCAUAGGUCACCAUACUUCCUUCAUUAUAGAGUAAUUUUUGAAAACAGUUCAAAGCUAUAUAGUACAUGAUAUAUAUAUAUGUACCAUACAUGUAUAUUAACAGUAAAUCAAAGUUAAAAAGGCAUUGAUAUGACAGAAUUUUAGACUAUUAUAUAUAAUGUAUAUUUACAAUCUCUCAAAAAGUUUCAUUUUAUUUAGCUAAUGAAGAAGAUGAUGGAUUCCCAAACAGAAAUUUUGAUGAAGACCUUGACUGAUCAAGGUGAAAAAAUUGAAGAAUUACAUCAAUUGUUACGGAGAAUCGAUUUGCAUGCAGGAACUCAGAGAAAAGGAAAUAAAACAGCCAUCCAUGUUCCUGCACAUAUAAAGCAAGCUGUUCGUGAUGCUUAUAGGCAUAGCACUACAGAAAACAAUUUAGUCUGGACAUGUAAAACAGCAGCUGGUUCUAUUUUGAAGUAUUCCUCAGGAGAAAACAAAGAGUUGUCUGAGGCUAUAUGUGUCUAUGUCAAAGGACAAUAUCCCACAACAGAAGAAGGUGUUAUUAAAACUGGUAUUGAGACAUAUUUCAAUACCAUAAAACAGAGGAGACAAAUGGAGGAGGAUGGAAAAAAGGCCUCACACAACAGAAAAAUGGUUUUGUAUGGGAGAAAGAACAGGAAGCUUCAAAAUAGAGUAAAGGCCCUUCAAGCCAAGAAACUGCCAGUGUCGGAAGAGGACAAAUUAAUGAAGGCCAUGAAAAUAGAUUUUAUGUCUAGUGAGGACAGCGAUUCUGAAGAUGAAACUCGCCUAAUCACAAGACCUCUGACUUGGCUGUCUAAAGAUUUUAAAUCUUACAUGGAUAAACUAGACAGUAAAUACCAGAGACAGCUCAAUGCACAGGGCAAAAAGCUGAGGUCUAAGAGAGUUGUUGGCAGGCCAUCAGAGAGGCCUUGUCCCAAGAAAUCUCCAGACCUUGCAUGGGUUUUUGCUUAAGGGCAUUUGACAAAAAAAUAAUCUUUAAAUUUUGAAUAGGGCCAAUUCAAAUGUACACUUUUGGAAUUUGCAAAGAAAAAAAUACCUUCAUGAUUUACUUUAGAAUUAUAGUUUACAUGUUUUAUAUAAAGAUUACCGGUAGAUCAGUUUAAGGGGAACCUCUGAAAAUAAGUCAAACGGAAUAUUAUGGUUUAUUGAAUUUGACUUUGAUUAUUUUUUUAAGUAUACAAGAUAAAUUAUUGCUAUUUAAUUUCAACAUUUGCAUUUUACUAUCAAAAUUAUUUACAGGUGCAACAAAUCUGUGUCAUCAGAUUAUGUUAUUGUGUUUGGUUAACCUACAUAUUUUUUUUUUUAAAUUAACUUUCUUUUACCUUUUCUAAUUAAUUAAAUGCUGAAUAAUAAUUUGGGUGUGGCUCAUUUGAGUGUCUCUGGUAUUUGCUGUCUAGAUUUUCCAUGUAAGAUUUCACCACAUUAUUCAUAUCUCUUGGUCAAUGGGAGAUAACUUUUUAUAUUUAACAGUUUACCAAAUGUUAUUUCUAUUUAAGAGUUAAUGAACAAUUCAUAUUAAUAAACUUAUUAUUUUCGUCAAUUGUCCUAGUACAUUUAAUAUUUGAUAAUUUUGUGCUUGAAAUCAUAUAAUUUUGUCGAUAAAAGUUUAUUUGUGUGCUAUUUUAUUCAAUUGAACAUAUUUGAAAAAUUUACUUAAUGUUUAAUUAUUUUUGACUUGCAUACAGCAUUUGGGAUGAGAUCCCAUAAAAUUUUAAUUAAUGUCUGAGCAGCCUGAUUGGUUUUGAAAUUAGCAAUUAUGUUUAUGUUUGUUGUUUUUUGCUUUUUGAUGUAUUUGGUUUUUUUUUAGAUUGACAAAUAAUGCUAGCAAGGGAGAUUAUUCAUAAAUAAUUUUAUGAUGACAAACUUGAAAAAAAAAGCUGCUUAUGUUUGCUAUUUGUUAUAACCUUAUUGUAAUGAUUCUGAAACAAGCAAACUUAACUAGUAAGCAUGUUGCUUUGCCACAUACCAUUAUUUUAUUAACUAGUUUGAAUUUGAUGUAGAACUGAACUUAUUUUAAAAAAAGUGUAUUUUUAUAUUUGUUUGCAUAGUAAAAUUGUAGUUCAUUGAUAUAACAAACAUUCUGACAGUUUUUUUUUUUAUUGAUAAUCAAAACAACUCUGUUUUGUCAGUAUCUGAAUAAAAUUAAUUU